UCCGAAAUGAUCUCUCAUGUUCCUCUCUCUCCUUCUUGUUUUUGUUUUCUCGUGGUUCUUUGACUCGACUUGUUCAUUUUCUCUCCUGGUCACUUGUUACAGCUCAUUAAAAACAAUAUCGUGAGGUCCACCCUCGCAACAGUUCCUACGGAGUCGAACUGAUUCAACAUCGUACACUGACUGCAUUGCGAAAUGUCCACUCAGAGCCAUGCCCACAGGGCUGGCGGGAGCAGUGCUGAUGCAGAUGAUGCCGUUCAAACGCUGGGCGAUGUUAUGAGAGCAGGACCGACCGGUUUCCCGGACGUCGUUGUCAUCGAUCAGACACACGAAGAAAACAAACGGAAAGAUGAUCCUAGCCCAAACGAAGAUUUGUGGCUCAGUUCAGCAGACGGUCGAUACAGCUCGACCAUCGUCCCCUUGCGAGUUGGACGAGCGCCGAAUCAAGAGAUCUUCCAUGUACACAGAAACAUCUUGCUAGCGACGGAAUAUUUUCGCAAAGCUCUUUGCGGAGACUUCAGAGAGGCUGAGGCGCAAUCCAUGGACUUUCCAGAGGAGGAUCCGGCCAUUUUCCACUUUCUCGUCGCCUUCCUCUACCAAAGAAGCUUUGUUCCUAUCAAGCCAGCAGCAUCAGCACUGGCUGUCGAGGCAUCAGAACGAGGGAAAGCACAAGAAUCUGGCUACCGAAGCGAGUCGGAGUCGGAGGUGUCAUCGUCGGAGGCCAGUGACGCCAGUGCCAGAAGUCGAAUCCGGGCGCAGCGGCGGCAACGGCGGCGGGAGCGGCAACGGGACCGCAUGAACCGGAAACAGCCAGGCACACACCGCCCAGAUUGCAGAUGUCCGCGCUGCACCACAACCAUCGGCCCGCCAUGCUGGAACUGUGGCGUUGGUCGCGCAAGGCCGAUUCCGGGCCACCUUCCGCCGCACAUCAUCAACCCUAUGCCACCAGUGCGGCCCCUAGGUUUACAGCCACACAGCCGGCGCCGCAGCCGACAGCAAGUCAUCACACCGCCAGAGUCAACACCCUCGCUCGGUUUACCAGUCUCUACCAACGACGAGUAUGCCGAUGGCGACCGUAUACGAGGCCAAGACAUGCGGACUUUUCUGCUCACAUACGAGCUAAGUCUAGAGGUAUACAUUGUCGCCAAUAAAUUCCUCAUGGACGACUUCAAGACUGCGAUUCAGCGUCACUGCAUCGACAUGCUCGAAUCCGCCGGGCCCGAUGCAGCGCAGUCGAUUGUGUUGCAACUUUGUUCAAAGCUCUACGCCGGCGUCCCUGAAUCUGACCCAUUGUUGAGGAUGAUCUUUGCGCGCGUUGGCUUCUUACAGCCUCUGCUCUGGCAACGAGCGCCGCAGUUUACGUCGGAAUUUCUGAUUGGGCAUCCAGAAGUUGCGGCUCUUAUGCUCCGCGAGACAGCCAUUCGAAGAGAGGAGGAUCUAGGCAGUAGGGCGUUACCGUCCAUGGAACGGGCGACGCACCCUCACGUCAUGCCUAUGUGGCCGGUUGCGCCGCCUAUGCAUCCUCAUAUGCGGCCUCCGCCGCCUCCACCGCCGCAUCAUUGGCAUCCAGGACCGUUUGGUGUUUGAGUGGUUAGGAAAAGGCACGGCUUUCUCUCGAGUGAUUCUGCCCUAGAGGGAUUGUCUGCCAUGGCUGUGUUAUUCAACAAAGAGAAUGCGGACACGGCGGCACAUGGAGGCAAGAAAUCGCUGUCGACAUGUCUAAGUAUUAGGCGGUUGUAUCUGUAUGUUGUUGGGAAAAAGGAGGAAAGCGAAGAUGUUGCUAGCUACAUGGGUGGUCAAGUGGUCAAGGCGAAAGAAACUCUGUUCGAUGGAGCCACAUGUUCGGGAGCCAUUGUCCCACGGCGACGGGUCCCUCAUUGUGGGAAGAGAUAUUACCCCGUCAUUUGGAUGGAAAGCGAGAGGAGAGAGACUACUGAAAUAAAACAAAGGCACAUUCCGUUUAUCCGAUCGAACCAAAAUCCAUGCAGGUCUUUGGCCCAUGUGACCUUUUUUUUUUCCUGCCAGCAGCCCAGUUCGGCGCGCUGCGAUGCGUCGCGUCGGAGCCGAGGCGGCCAGGUAAAGCGGUCGGUCAAUUUUGGGUGACGGGAAUGAAUAGGUAGUGGAAGGUGAGUACUCCGUAAGGUAGGGUUUAUUGCAUCAUGAUAC